AUGAAAAUGCAUUAUUUUCAAAAAACUUGGAGCUUACUUUUUCUGUUUGUUACGUUCGCAAAAUGUAGUGUAAACGAGGAUGUUAAAUUGACCAUAAAACAGGGUACGUUAUCAGGAUUAAGAAAACACACGUUUUUGAAUGAUAAAAUAUAUUAUUCGUUUACGGGAAUACCUUUUGCCAAGCCGCCGCUUGGUGCUCUAAGGCUUCAGCCACCUCAGUCUCAUGAAGGAUGGGAAGGCAUACUAAAGGCCCACGAGGAAAAACCAACAUGUUUCCAACUCAGUUUUAGAAUGAGAAAUAAUGAGCCGCAUGGUUUCUCCGGCACUGAAGAUUGUCUCUUCUUAAAUGUCUACUCACCUGACAUAGAAAGUUCUGCUCCUGUAGUCGUUUUCGAUUACAAUGAUAAUUUCAAAACUGGCUUUAAUGGAUCACAGACAUAUUCACCAGACUUUUUCAUUGAAGAGGGAGUAAUAGUCGUCAAUAUCAAUCACCGGCUGGGUAUUUUCGGUUAUUUAACCACAGAAGAUGAUGUUAUACCCCCUAACGCAGGUCUACGAGACUUCAUUUUAGGUCUAGCGUGGAUCCAAGAUAAUAUAAAGGCGUUUGGGGGUGACCCAAAACGUGUGACCGUUAUGGGAAGUCGUGGCGGUGCAGUAAUAGCUAAUAUCUUACUACAUUCAGAGAAGGCCAAAGAUUUAUUUUCUUCUGUAAUAUUACAGAGCGGAUCAGCAAUGGAAUCUAUUUACUUUGAUAAUAGUCCUCGAGAGAAAGCAUUUAAAAUUGGAGAACUACUAAACAUUACGACAGACGAUUCGAAAAUCCUAUUUGAAAAGCUGCAAUUAGUAGAUGCUAAUACUUUGCUCUCUCUCGAAGGAAACGUUUUGGAUGACAGAGUUAUGACUGAUCUGCAGUUAAGCAUUGACACUUUUUCACCAACUAUUGACAAAAACACUAAAGACGCUGUGAUUGCAACUAUUCCUGAAAAAGCUAAUAUAGUUAAUGAUGUUCCCGUAUUAGUGGGAUUUAACUCACGAGAAGGACUCGACUUAGCGUCACCUUACCUAAUGGAACCACGGAUGGUUAAAGAUAUUAAAAACGCUUUAUUUAUAUUUCCAAUAAGGGUCGAUUUCCAUUUUGAUCGCAAUAGUAGUAUAUUUCAUAACGCACUGAGCGAAGUCCUACAUUACUAUUUGAAAGAUGGAUAUUUGCAUUACACUAAUAUUUUAGAUUACGCUGUGUAUAUGGGUGAUCUAUUUCAGAAUUAUGCGUUGCAUACAGCUGCAAAGAAAUUAUCUAGAGAUCUGAAAUCCGAAGUUUACUAUUACUUAUUUGAUUAUAGAGGACUAUUUAAUGAAAAUAGCGAGUACAUAUCUAGAUUUUUAAGAUUCAGCAUGGAGCACUGGGGCGCAACAAUUACUGAUGAACUCUGUUAUUUACAUUUGUGCACACGAAUUAAGAAGACGUACAAUCAAUAUAAAAAGUUGCCCAGUGAGCAACCUGAGUUUAAGGUGUUGAAGAAGAUGGUCAGGAUGUGGACUAAUUUUGCGAAAUACGGAAAUCCUACGCCCAAUGAAAAUGAUGACAUUUUAAAGGCUACAAAAUGGUUACCGAUGGAUAAAAAAGGUGAUUCGAAUUACCUCCAUAUAUCGAAAACGUUAAAAAUGAAAAAUAAUCCUUUGGGUAAACGAUCGGAAUUUUGGGACGAGUUCUUAAAUAAAUACAGGCAAAUGACAAAAGAUGGUACGGCUGUACACGAAGAAAUACGUCAUAUUGAAUUGUAA